UCAUUAGCUGGGGCACCAAUCUUCAUUUGCUCUUUUUACACAGCUCUUCUUACUUUGACUUUGUCCACCAUUUGGGCACAGAAACACGGCUGUUAUCUGGAGUUUUUACGCAAUCCUUCUUGUUUCUGACUUUAUAGUCUUAAAUUAGGAGAGCUAAGAGUCAAGGAUAACAAAAAACAUUAAAUGUUAAAAAGAUGUGUUGUACAGGAAAGUGUGCACGCUUAGUGGGCUUGAUUCUGUUGCCCUCUGCGUUUCUGUGUAUGAUCUCUAACCUGUUGUUGUUCUUCCCCAAUGGCACUGUUUUGGAAAAUGAUCAGAUCUCCUUACAGGUCUGGCUGAUGGGAGGAUUCUUGGGUGGAGGUUUGUUUAUGCUGUGUCCAAGCUGUUCGGCUAUCAGAGCUGGUGGAAAGGGCUGCUGUGGGAAGGGUUGCUGUGGAAAUCGUUGCCGUAUGCUGAGCUCUGUGUUUUCUUCUGCAUUUGGUCUAAUUGGGGCAAUAUACAGCACCAGUGUGGCAUCUGCAGCACUGGCUAUUGGACCAAAAUGCCUUCUGGCCACGGGGUUAUGGGAAUAUCCCUUUCAGAACAAGCCCCAAGAUAAUUCCAGCUACUUGGUGGAUAAAUCUGAGUGGUCUCUCUGCUUAUACCCAGAAAAUGUAGUCCUUUGGCACAUUGUGCUCUUCUCCAUCAUACUAGGUCUGGGUGCCCUGCAGGUUGUGCUACUUGGGAUCCAGGUCAUUAAUGGCUGCAUUGGUUGUAUAUGCGGGGAUUGUCGAAAAAGCCCAGAGGAUGAUGGAGGAUUGUGAAUGCAAGAUAUUAUCAAGACAUAAUCAACGGAUCAAAUUCCAUAAUACAUAUUUUGUUCACUGAUAGAUAGCAGCCACAAUCAUAUCUAUUUAUUAACAUGCCCUUUCAAGGUUGUAUGAAACCUGGAUAAGAACACAUUUUUAACAGUAAGAGUCUUACUCUUUUGUCUUUAAAACAGGAUCUAUGUUCUUUAGUGCAUUUAUUGUAAGUCUUCUGAAAGCAAACAUUGUUUGUGUAUCUACUGUGCAUGGUAUCAACUUUGUACACUGUGCUAUUUAUAUUGUUAUUCCAAUCAAUUAUUAACCUUGAUAUGACAUGGUUAUGUAUUAAUUAUCAACUAAAAAUUGAGUAACAUCUUUAAAUAGAGCGUGAAGCUCUCAGACUGGACAAUAAAAUUGGUUUUUACCUUUGA